AUGUCCCACCUGAAGGGCGGCCUGUCUCUUCAAUCUGGGCUCAGUGUCUUGGUUUUCCAUCACACUGUUGUCGAACUCCUUCUAACACACACCUGUGCAGGUCAGUCUCAGCUGAUUGGUCCUCCUCAGCCAACAGUGGCAACAGUUGGUGAUGAUGUCAUCCUGCUGUGCCACCUGGAACCUGCUGUGGAUGCUGUUGGCAUCACAGUGGAGUGGACAAGACCUGACCUGGACCAGAGAAUUGUCCUUUUGUGGCAUCACGGUUGGGAACAUGAGCAUAAAAAACAUCCAUCCUAUGAGGGCAGAACGUCUCUGUCUUUGGGCAAACUGACACAGGGAGACGUUUCACUGAAACUCUCUAAAGUGAAACUCUCUGAUGAAGGAAAAUACAGAUGCUCCAUCCCUUCAUUGGGCAAAGAAUCUAUAGCUGACCUUGUUGUUGGUGCUGCCUCCUCUCUUGCCAUCACCGUGAGCAAAAACAGCAGUGGAGUGGUUUUAGAGUGUGAAAGUAAAGGCUGGUACCCAGAGCCUGAGCUGUUUUGGCUGGACGCUGAGGGAAAGCUCCUCUCUGCUGGAGCUCCAGAGACAGUCAGAGGUCCUGAUGGCCUCUAUACUGUCAGCAGCAGAGUGACUGUGGAGAAGAGCCACAGCAACAGCUUCACCUGCAGGGUUCAGCAGCUCAGCAUCAACCAGAGCAGGGACACACACAUCUACUUUUCAGAUGAUUUCUUCGUGGAUACAAGAGACAGUCCUGCUCUCAUUGCCAUUGUCUUUCCUGUCAUCUUUGUCUUCUCGUACUCCCAGUUUGCUCAGGUAAACUGGACCAGUUCAGACCUGAAGGAGCAGUGGUGA